AUGGCCAAGAAAGAGGAAGAAAAGGUCCCCAAGACAGCCUCAGCCGUGAAGACCGAGGCGGAGGCCAAGCCGGUCAAGGAGAAGGCUGCGAAAAAGAAAGACGCUGCCACCAAGGCAGACAAAAAGGCUGUUAAAAAGACGGUCGAGAAGAAGUCAACCAAAGGCGGCAAGGCGGACGCCAAGAAGGCCCCCAAAACCAAGGAGACUAAGAAGGCCAAGCCUGCUGAGCGGGCGUCGCGUGCAGUGAAGGUCGAAGCGGUACCGUCAAUCUUCAGGAAAGCGGGGCAGAAGCACAUUACACCGCCAAAGAGCCUGCAGGGCGACGGCACCCGCGGUUUCUACGAGAGCCUCUACGAAGCCAACCCGCGCAGCGUCAUCGCCAUCGUGUACUGCGUGGAGUACGGACUGUUCGGCGGCCUCAAGCACCAGGAACUGCUGGAGCAGUACCAGGAGCUGCGCAAGGAGGGGCUCCUGAAGGGUGGCAACGGCGGCGUCCGACCGCGCGCCGUCCAGUUCCUGGACAAGAUGCAGGCAAAGUCGAAGACCAAGGCUGCGAAAGCGUCCAAGGAGAAGUAG